AUGUAUCUUAUUUGGAAUAAUAAAGGACAUUGGACAAAAUCUCUCAUUUUUGCUGUUUUGGCAGCAGCUUUUGGAAGCUCUUUUCAAUUUGGUUAUCAUAUUGGAUGCAUUAAUCUGCCCGCUGACCUUAUCAAACAAUGGUUUUCCGAGCAAAUUUCUGGAUCUGAUGCUGCUACUAUUGAAGCAAGAUGGGGUAUGGCAGUUGGAGUUUUUGCUGUUGGUGGUAUGAUUGGAGGAAAUUUGGUUGGAAUUGUUGCUACAAAACUUGGACGGAAACGUGCACUUUUGUACAACAACGCUUUGGCUAUAAUCUCUGGGGCUUUAAUGGCGGGAGCUAAAUUUGUGGGAAAUUAUUGGCUUUUUAUUUUGGGCCGUUUUAUUGUUGGAAUAAAUGCUGGAUUAAACAGUGGAUUAGCACCAAUGUAUUUGACUGAAGUUUCACCUGCAAACUUGCGCGGAGCGACUGGCUCGUUUGCUCAGUUGUUUGUGACUAUUGCCAUCCUUUUCUCUCAGAUUCUUGGGCUUCCGUUUUUAUUGGGAACUGUUGAGAGAUGGCCGUUUAUUUUUGCUUUUACUUUUGUGCCUGUUAUUGUUCAACUGUGCACUCUUACAUUCUGCCCUGAGACCCCUGAAUUCACUAUUGUUGUUAAAGGCCAAAGAGAUCAAGCAGAGAAAGACUUGAAAAAACUUCGUGAGAGUGACGAUGUUCAAGCUGAACUUGACUUAAUUUCUGACGAAGCUGCAAAGGCUAAUUCUGGAGCUCCUUCCUCAAUGAAAGACAUUUAUGGUACCAGACUUCCAUGGCCUUUGGUUCUUGCUUUGUUUAUGAUGAUUUCUCAACAAUUGAGUGGAAUUAACGCUGCUAUGUUUUAUUCGACUGCUAUUUUCAAGGGAGCCGGUCUUAAAGGACAAUGGCCAAACUAUGCCACAAUUGCAAUGGGGGCUAUAAAUGUUUUGAUGACUGUUGUGUCUGUUUAUUUGGUUGAACAUCCCCGCUUUGGACGUAGAACUCUUCAUAUUACUGGAAUGGUUGGAAUGUGCUUCUCAACGGCAAUGAUUGCUAUUUCUAUGCUUGUUGCUAAGUCUAUUGAAUUUGUCUCCUUCCUUUCAAUUAUUUUUGUUCUACUCUUUGUCAUCUCAUUCGCAACUGGACCAGGAUCUAUCCCCUGGUUCUAUGUAAAUGAAAUGUUCCCUUCAAAUUUGCGUGGUGUUGCCAGCACUUUUGCGGUCACUGUAAAUUGGAUUUGUGUUAUACUCGUUGCUACGUUCUUCCCAAUUAUUGAUGGUAUUCUGGCUGAAUAUUCCUUCUUUGUAUUCACUGCUCUGUUGCUAAUAUUUAUUCUGUUUGCACUCAAGUUUUUGCCCGAGACCAAGAAUAAAACGCUCGAGCAAGUUUAUGAGGAAAUGGAUAACCGAAGGGGUGUUAAGACUAAAUUGAAUAAUAAUCAAGUUUGA